GAAACAGGAUUGUAAAUACCAAUUUUAGAGAGACAGCAAACCAAGGCAGUUGAAUAUUUACGUUACUCUGGUGAUGUAAGCCUAGAUGGAAUAGUCAUUAUAUAAUUGUUAUAUUCUAGCUAACACACUGUUCUUUCUAAGCAAGUCUUCUCAGAUUCAAAGAUACUGCGCAUAAAAGGUCGUGAUUUGUUGUUGAUUUCUAUUUAUGAGUAUUUCUGUGGUGGAGACACAAUGGCUGUGCAAUUAGUCUAAUUUGUAAUGUGAUUAGCAUUACCGUAGUUCAAAGAGCAGCACGCACUAUUUUUUCAUUUAAUCACGCCCCAAGACGCCAGCCAAUGAAAUCAUUUUUCGUCGGUGUGGAUGGGAAGUAAACAGUGACCAAGAACAAUUUUCACGAUUGUCUUUUUGUUAUUUAGACAUUUAUUAACACAGGACUUGGUUGAUUGAUAGUACGUUAUUUAGGCAACGCUAGAUAGCUUCUAACGUUAGCUAGCUAACAACAAUGGCUAUGGGUUUUCACACUCAAAUGGCCUCCAUUAUGGAGGUGCUAGCGAAUGCAGCCGUGGCAGAGAUCUGUAAACUCGUAGACGACGACUAUGCAGUGUUUCGUUUGGAAAUUUCUCAAAGCCAAAAUGAAAACAGGGCAUUGCGGAGGAAACUACAGCUACUAGAAUUGAAGGUGGCACGAGAGCGCGCAGAGAGGACAAUCAGAGAACGCGUCCUCGUCAGUAGUGACAAGGUCCUCGACCGAUACAGAGGAAUGGCAAGAGGACAUCUCACAGGACACAGGAGUUUUGUGAAGCCAGCAGGACACAAUACAUGGAGAGAUGACCAACCAAUCACUGUUGAUGAGGGGAGUGGAACCUCAACCCAGCACGUUAUCGUGAUAGAGUCUGCAGAGGCUGCAGGUCCUGUAGGAUCGUCUCUGGUCAAGCCGGAGAGGACUGAAGCAGAUGACCCACAACACGGCAGAGACAUUCAGACUGGAGUAACGUCUGGAGUGGCGCCCCCUGUAGCCAUGGAGGACCUAUCCAUCGCCGCUGCGCCUCAGCCCAGGACCCGACACAGCAUUACGGAGGAGGAUGAGGGUCCAGAUGUGCUGCUGUUGAAGGAGGAGGGGUGUGUGGAGGGUCUGGGGAACCCUGAGGGGACCAUGGUCAUGGAAGACAACCAGACUUCACCUCCUCCUGAACCCACAGAGGAACCAGCUGAGCAGCACAGGACCACACACAGUCUCACUGAGUCAGUAGACAUGGAGGAUGGGAAGCCUGAUCUGCUGCUGGUCAAAGAGGAGACAAUAGAAGACGAACCAGAGAGCAUUGAUCUGCUGAGUGGACUAAAGAUGGGGGAGCAAGGUGGUUGGCAGGAGGCUAACAGAGGAGACUGGGCAACCAUUUUGGAUUCCCAGACUGGUAUAGCCAAGAGCCCAGGGAACGCCAUCACCGAGCAGGCCAGGACCAGAGGCGACAUAGUGGAUGUUAGUGGAUGGGACAGCGUACUUAACUCUGGGCUGGGGAACAACACUGUUAACCACAACCAGAAACAGACAGGGGAACACAAAACAACAUCUGAAUUUAGUCUCCAUGACAACAGAUUGUCUGUGACCAGGGCGAGGCGUAGAUUUGGUCUGCGGGGACAGGGAGGUGUCCGUAUGCGGCUGAAGAGAACAGACACAGACUCGGCUAGCGAUGCUCCGUCCUGCUCCUAUAGUUGUGAUUCAGAGAGACUGAUGGAGCCUCAGGUUAACCCCCUAACAGGUGCUGCCUUCAGCCUGCCUUCUAUAGGAUCUAUCAACUGGAACAUGGACCCUGCAACAACACAAACACUCCCUGGCCUUCGCCCUCCUCACACUCUCCUAAUGUUAAACCAGACCUCAGACAAUGCCAGUGCCUCAACACUAAAUGGCUACACAAACCCAUUGACAAAUGACAGUAGUAGUGACGCUAUCAGUAGAUCUGGUAGCAAAGAGAAGCGCUUCCCGUGUUCGUUCUGUGGGAAAGCCUUUCGUUUCUCUAAACAGGUGGAGAUCCACCAGAGGAUGCACACGGGAGAGAAACCGUUCGGCUGCCACCUGUGCCGGGACAGUUUUUCACACUUGUCCAGCCUGAAGAGGCACCAGAGAGUUCACACAGGGGAGAAACGUUUCAGCUGCCUCCUGUGCAGGGCCAGGUUUUCACACUCCUCCAGCCUGAAGAGGCACCAGAGGGUCCACACAGGGGAGAAGCCUUACACCUGCUCUCAGUGUGAAAAGAGGUUCUCCCACCAGCACCAUCUCAAGAUGCACCUGAAGGUCCACACGGGAGAGGCCAUUCACCCGUUCGCACUUCCAAGUGAGGUUCUUAGAGAGGAGCUACCUGACAAUACACCAGCAGAAAAUGCACACGUCCCAUGAAUAGUUCUGCAGUCCAUGAGGACCUACUGAUAUCUGAUGUUGCUGGUGGGAGAGACUGGACUCCACCACACAGAACACAACCAGUGGACAGGUGGACUGAACAACCUCAGUCUUGGUGGUCAUCAGAGAGAGAGAGAGGCUCUAGUCAGAGAUACAGUCAUCAAAAAGGCCCUUCUCUUCACAGUCUCAGUGCAGGGAUGAAGCAGGGCCUGGGGCUGAUAGAGAUAGACCCUCCUGUUCCCAUGAUACAAACACCACAGUAUCCAUGAUGGACAGAGCAGGUCACCCUGCGCUUCAGCCUUCACAGAGAGCGGGGAGUGACCCCCCCCUGGUGGUAAUCUUUCAGGAAGUGUCUUCUCCUUCAGGAUCUCAUCCAAUGCCUAGCGAAUUGGUUCAUAGGGUCUGUAUAGGUACCUCUUGUGGGCGUUCACCGCGAGGUACCUAGCCUAUAACACAGCACACAAUCCCAACAACACCCAAACAAUGGCUAGAGGUCAAGGAGGGAGCUCAAAGAUUAACCACCUGAUGGUGGUGGCUCCUGCUUCUACCUCCUCUGGUGUCAUUGGGUCACAACGUGGGAGGCCGAGUAUUAGGACAGACGCCGACAAGCCAUAUGCCUGCCCCACGUGUGGGAAGCGCUUUACUGUGGCGAACUAUGUGAAGAAGCACCAGACUGUUCACACCAUGGACGCCCAUCAAGUGCAAACUGUUAUAUAAUCUUCUCCUUCCUGAGUAGCCUUAACAGACAUAGGGAAGAAAUUGUAGCAGUGUGGCUUGAGAUGUACACAUGGGAUAUCUGGGAACCAUUCCCCAUAUAUUCCCAUACGUAUCGGAGUCACGUCUUUCCAGGUUAUUUCACAGCUUGUUUCUAGCAUAAGGCAUUGCAGCCAAAGCGCUGUUAUACUGUAGAUCACCUUAUAUAAUCAGAUCAGUUUUAUUUUCUUUCCAAUCAUAAGCUGUAAAAGGGGUAGGCCUGUGCUUUUUGCAAUUUUCUUUAAUAAAACAAAAACUUACAUAAUUGGCAAGAAACAUUGUUUUUAAUAAAAUAAAUUAUAGUAGUAGCAAGCUAUCAAAGUUGAGCUCCGGUCCUCAUCUUCGCCCUCUCCUUAAUUGAAAUUGCGCACUCAGCAGAGAAUCAGAAACGAUCGGCAUUGGGCACACCGAUAUAUAGCCCAAUAAGCAACUAAUUCUAAAACACUUGAGAAAUAUUGAAAUUUUGUCAAUUACAAAUUACAUGACCCUCUCCUGGACCAGAUUAAAAAAAAAUACUAAACCCUCCCCUUGACCAAAAUUGAAAAAGCAUGACCCUCCCCCAUUUUCCUCCAGGUAACCAUUCUGUGCAACAACAAAAAAAUACUACUAGUCUGUAUAAAGAGUGUUAAGGGAAUUUUCAAUCCCAAUAAUGCAUUUAAUCUUUAACCAAUUCGAGGUUUGUAAGACCCUGGAUUCACUAAUAAUUGGGCAAAGUCUCAGAUUUUAUAAAAAAGGUUCACAGAUCUUUAUUCAUGAGAGCUCUAAAGUCAAAAAUUAGGACUCAGUCCUUUUAUAAUACACACACAUUCCUAUCUUUAGACCACUCCCUGCUCAAACAACCAGUACUUUUCCACUAACCACAAAGAACCAUAAAUGUUGUCACAUUCUUCAAGGCUUUCACCUCCCCUCCCCUGUUGGGACCCUCUUGGUUUGAAACCCUCUAAUGAUUUUCUAUUAUCUACUCUACAACUUCACUCUGUUUACAUCCCUACUAAAGAAUAUAACACCCUAGUAUUACAAUUCUAACAUAUCUACCCACCUCCUUGUUUUAUCUUCUCAUGAUUCUCAAACAUUUCACACUAUCAUACAAUUUCAGAGUGGAACACUUUAGCCAUUAUAUUAACACAUACAAAUGAUUCUAUCAAAGAGUGAAUUGUAUGUAUAUGUUGUAGCCUAUGCAAUACAAGGGUGUUAUUGUAGUGGUUUUGUACACCACCAGACCAUAUUUUAAUGUCAUCACGAAUCACAUGAAUAGCAUCGAAAGCUAUAUAAAGUACUGUCUGUCACUGAGAAAGAGGUUCACGUAUUUGUGAAUGUUUUUCAUUGAAGUGAAUGUUAAGCAGGCAUGUUUUAUCCUGUUUCACAGUGGGACCUGUUACACAGGCCUAAUGAAACAAGCUGUGCAUCACCCAAAAAAGCAGUUGCUUGCAUUUGUAAUUGAACCUCAACUCACCCUGUUGUAAAAAUAAAGGAAAGAGAAUUGAAA